ACUCUAUCUCACCCUGUCCAACUCUCUUCAUCUCUCUCCUACUCUCUCCUUUACACACACAGUAUUGUCAACAAAGCUCCAGAACAAGGGACGUUGGGGGAAUUAAGGUCCACAGAGGAGGAGAGUAACAAGCGGGGACCCCUGCAUCCUUCCACCAGGACUCUCGAUCCAAGGAGGCAGACGGGAGUGGAGGUGACAGUAAACAGGGGGCAAGAACACACGAGACGGGACUCCUUUAUCGCUCUUCAUGGUGGUUGGGAUACCCGUAGUAUGUAUGAGAAGUUAACCAUGCUGAACCUGCAGAGUGGCUCGAACUGGAGUGGGCCUAACAACUGGUACCAUGACCCCACCGGCGUUCAAACGCAACAUAGCUCAGUGUCUCAAGGCUGUCUGCUGGACACAGAGGGCAGCAUGGGAGGUGAAACAGGGGGAGGAGGAUCGGGCAGAGGAGGAGGAGGAGUCCCUGUGGAGAGGGACGAGGGCGAGGAGUCUCAGCUGAGGCUGCAGCUCAAGAGGAAGCUGCAGAGGAACAGGACCAGCUUUACACAGGAACAGAUCGAGGCUCUGGAGAAAGAGUUUGAACGGACACAUUACCCAGAUGUUUUUGCGAGGGAGAGAUUAGCAAACAAGAUAGAUUUACCUGAGGCCAGGAUACAGGUGUGGUUUUCCAACCGGAGAGCCAAGUGGAGGAGGGAGGAGAAGCUGCGCAACCAAAGGCGAUCAGGUGGUGUAACUUCCUGUUCACAGAGCCAAGCCCCUCUGAGCACCUCCUUCAGCACAUCAGUUUAUCAUCAGCAGCACGGCAGCAGUUCAGGGUCCAUGUUGAGUCAGGCUGAGUCGCCCCUGCCUAGCUACAGCUCGCUGUCUGUUUUCUCAUCCGGAGUCCAGUCAAUUCCUCCUCAGUCGGCCUCCUCUUACUCCUGCAUGUUGCCUCCAUCCCCCUCUGCACCUCGCAGCUUUGACUCAUCGCCGUACUCCUCUCCUCAUCUGCAGACUCCGCCCUCAGCCAAUCCCAACACAGGACUCAUAUCUCCUGGCGUGUCAGUGCCAGUGCAGGUCCCAGGAACCGAGCCGCAGAGCAUGAGUCAGAACCUGGGUCAGUACUGGGCCAGAUUACAGUGAGCACUAGACUAAGAAAAGAGGAUAGGGAGAGAAGGGGGCGUGUAAAAAUCUGUGUCAUUAAAACAAACAAAAAAUGGACACAAGUGUUCAGACUGAGCUGUGAAAGAGCCUUGAUGGGUUGCUCACCAGGAAAUGAAAUUAAUGUUUACAAAUUCAAUCAAAAGCAGCUUUGGUUGCAUUUAGCACCUCUCUGGUCAUGCUGGUUCUCCUUCUGAGAUGUGUGCAAAGAAAGAGGUUUGGGACAGAAAGAGGGUCAAUCUUGAAUCAAGCUGUGAGGAUGCACAAAUACUGUUUUUUUUAGGCUUUAAUAAUUAAAAUGUUUUUAGACUUAAUCUUUCUUUAAAUUUCCUUGGAAAAGAUUCGAGAAAGUUUGAAUUCUAAAAGAGAUUACAUUUGUAAUCUAAGAUUACAUUUGUAAUGAUGGUGGGGACCAGCAGGUGGCAGGAGUGUUCCUGUUACUUGACCAGCUCUGUGGCAUUGAGAAAGCUCGCUUGUUCCCCUUAACAGAAGUGCAAAGGAUACUGUGAAGAUUUUGGACUUGCUUAUGGCAAUCACUUGUACAAAAACUAAAAAAAAUAAAAUAAAAUAAAAAAACAACAUAAAUAGUGGACAUCCUGCCAAAAAAAAAAAUACACAGACGGCAUAUUUUUGUACAGACAUCUGUGUAUGAAGAUUACUGUUCUAAUAAGAGGGAAGAAUGUAGCAAUGUUAUUGGCUCCACCCUCCAAAACUGUGAAUCAAGAAACAUUAACCUCUCAAGACCCUAGCUAACCCGCUACACACAAAGUCACAAGACCCCAGUCAAGCAGAAUGAACUACUGUGGUAAUAUAACCCAAAAUGUGAAGUACACAUGAGGAUGCCAGGUCUUUAGAGGUUUAUUUAGAUCAAAUGUUACAAAUUUACAGAUUUUUUUGUCAAAAUCGGGAAUAAAAUCCAUUUAUUAACUCUUUUAUGACAGGUAAUACUCACCAAGAUAGGCACAGAUUUUCUUUUUUUUUUAACUCUUCUACAUUUACAUCAAUGACAAACAGCAAACAGCACUUUUCCACCUGCCAGUGACAAUCAAGAAGCCUUGCACACUGAGAAACAGCCACCGAUUGCACUCUUGAGACCGACAAUCAAACCGGAGGAGGAGGAAAUCAAUGUCAGUUAAAACUGUGAAACCACUGUGACACUGUCUUUAAAACAGCAAUGAUUUUACUAGCGUUGCAUGACCAAAUGGAAGCCGCUCGCGACAAUCAGCUCAACGCAGAAAGAUAUCAAAUAUUGUACAGAGGUCUUUAUUGUACUUUGCAGCAUUUGACGCUUUGCUCACUUUCCUCUAAAAUGCAGGUUCUGUUCAUGCAUCUCCCGCCUGGUGUCUUUCAGCUCUUAUUUAUUUGUCUUUUAACUCAUACACGAGUCAUUUGUGUUGUUUCUGUUGUCACGUGUUGUGUUAGUACUGUAUAGCUACCAAGAGUCAACCCUUUUUGUGAAGGCCUUGGAUCCCUUUAAUGAAAAUAAAACUCUGUGUAACAAACUCAAA